AUGGCUCAAGCAGCUAGUUCUUCUCUCCCUUUGCGUCGUACAAGCAGAAAAAUUAAACCCAAAGUCGACCCCGACUUCGAGUACGACUACGUCCAACAGCGUAUUGACCAACUGGACCGCGAGCUCGCUGCCUCUGGACUAUCACCGCGUGUUUCUCAGGUUCCUUCGUCGCCCGGUCGCCCUUCCAUUCCUUUAAGGCAGAUGACCGAGUCUCCUGCGACCUCUCAGGCUGCAGACCUUACAGCUCAAACACUUUCCUCCGAGCUUCAACUCGCCCAGCUGCAGCGAGAUAAGUUAGCCCUGGAACUCGAGGUUCUUAAGCUUCGUACCGCCGCCGCGGAGACCAAGUUUACUGAUGGAGCGGACCCUUCCAAAUCUGGUAAGGAAAGAAAAAAACGUACAAUCGACUGGCCCCACGAGUUUUGUCCUGGUGCGCCAACAUCAGACUUCGAGAAGUUGGAGCUGGCCAACUUUGUCGCAGGUUUUCUAAAAAUGAUCAAGCCCUACGAGGCCACGCGCAAAGAGGUCAUGCUUCAGCUCCUCGAAUUGCUUAUGCUCAAAGCUUCCAGCUACACUUGGAAGAGCGUAAGAGGUUUUUACGCUCACAUCGCUAAACAGGUCGAGUUGUAUCGCCUGGAAUUCAAUGAUGCCACUCAGAUUCGUGAUGCAGCCACGAUUUUCUUUAAGAAUUCAGAUCUACAGACUUCAACCCCUCAGCCACGCUCAACUAUUUCGGCUGGGGGCGGAUCCCCUUCUGGUGAUACCAACACUCGAUCUUCGAAGCCUGACGCUACACAGGGCAAGGCUUGUCGUCAAUGGAACUACACUGGUUCUUGCUCGUGUGAUACCGCGAGUUCGUCGUAUUCAGGGCAUCAUAAAUGUCGAGUUUGUGCUAAAGACCAUCCUAUGCUCCAUUGUGCUAAGCGACGUACUCCCAUCCCCGACGUUAACUUCACUUCGUAGGAGUCAUCUUGACUCGCGAGCUCCAACACAACUACGGACUGCUUCUCCCCUUCUUCGACCUCGGCUAUUUCUACGGACUUAUUGGCCUUACGGAUAUCCCUCGCACGAAAGUCAAUCUAUCCGUUGAUGACUUUGCUACAACAGCAGUGAUUCAACAUCUUUUGGUCUCAAAAUCGGAGUAUCCCAACGCUUUUGGAGCGCGUCUACCGGUGAUAACUCAGCUGAACAUAUCCGCCUGGGAAUUUUAUUUACAAAGCUACCAGGAUGCUCAUGUCGUUGAUUUCCUGCGCUUUGGCUGGCCCGUGAGUUAUACGGCCGAGAAUCUUCCCACUUCUUCGUCCUCUAAUCAUCCCUCCGCCGUUGAUUUCGCCGACCAUGUGGAACACUAUAUUAACACCGAACUUGGCUAUCACGCUAUUGCUGGCCCUUUCAGCACAAAUCCUUUACAUCAGCCUUUGAUUUGCUCUCCAUUACAAACAGUUCCUCAGAGGGGCUCAAAUCAACGGCGCGUUGUGAUGGACUUGAGUUAUCCACCGCAGUUAUCUGUCAAUAGCGGAAUUACAGCCUCAAGUUACCUCAACGAGCCCUACAAGCUUAGACUGCCCGGCAUCGAUCGUUUAUGUCAGUUCAUUCUUCACCAUGGCUGCGGUUGCCUCCUCUACAAAAAGGAUUUACGUCGAGCUUACCGACAACUCCCUAUCGAUCCGAAAGAUUAUCAUCUCCUAGGUUUUACGUUUAACGGUCGCUUGUACUUCGAUACCCGUUGUCCGUUUGGUUUACGAACCAGUGCUAUGAUCUGCCAACGAACUACGUCGGCCGUUAUUUACAUUUUUACGCAACAUGGUUACACGGCAGACGUUUAUUUAGACGAUUUCUACGGCGCGGAACGCCCCGAUAGAGCGUUCGAUGCUUUUCACCAGCUUCAGUCUUUGUUUGAUCGUCUCGGCUUGCAAGCUUCGCCUGAAAAAGACUGUCCACCAGCCACGACCAUGACUUGCCUUGGUAUCGAAGUUGACACCAACACCUUUUGUCUUCGUGUGCCGCGCGAUCACCUCGACGAUUUGUUAUUUGAACUGACUCACUGGAAAGCUCGCACAUCUUAUCGCCUUAAAGAAUUGCAAUCACUUCUCGGAAAACUGUCUUUCGUCACAGCGUGUGUCAAGUCAGGCCGCAUUUUCAUGUCCCGGUUGCUGAACAAUUUGCGUGCUUUUCCAUCUUCUCGACGAACCGCGGUGGUCUCACAUGAUAUGAAAUUAGACAUUGACUGGUGGCUCACUUUUCUUCCUCUUUUUAACGGCGUUUCCUUCAUCAAGUCCGAGGUCUGGUCUUUUGAUGAUUUCCAUUUUUCACCGACGCUUGCUUAUCUGGUGGCGGGGCCACAUGUCAAGACCAAUGUUUCUCCGUUGUAUUUCCUUCGAACAUUCUUCAGGAAGCGACGCAUAUCACUGCUCUAG